UGGGUGGGUAGGUAUAAAGGCCCAAAGCUGCCCAAAAUCCAUCAUAACGGUCCACCAAAGUCCAGAGAAAGAAGAGGAGAGGGCUGAGGGGAGAGGGAAAGCGGCGAACCUCUGCCGGUUUGCGGACUCAGGCUACAGUGCAUGCGAUUAUGGAGUACCAGACACCGGAGCUGCUAAAUCGGGGGCUCGAUCGGUCACAUCGGUCUUACUUGUCAGCAGUCGAGGGUGCCGAGCUUAGCACCUUCUGCCCACGACUUUCACGACAGCUCUUGCAGAUCGACCCACGGUUCGUCGAGAGGUUGCGUGAGGCUGGUCUUAUUCCGUUGUGCAGGCUAGUUGAGGACUUAGCGAAUGAGAAGGAUCCAUCGAGGCGAUGGGUCGUAGAUCAGUCCCUUCUGGCAGCCCUGGUGGAUCGUUGGAGGCCAGAGACGUGCACGUUCCACCUUCCCUGUGGGGAGAUGACACCAACACUGCAGGAUGUCUCUUACCUACUUGGUCUUCCCCUCGCAGGGAGUGCUGUGGGUCCCAUCGAUGGGGCCCAAGGAUGGGCGGCCGACAUCACAGCCCGAUUUUCCCACGUGCAGCGCCAGCUUGGACUAGGUGCUCCUAAAGCUCUCCCUCACUACAUUACUUCUGGCCCCUCCAAGAUGUGGCUUCUUCAGUUCACUAGUGAUCUACUCCACCCUAAUGCUGAUGACUACUCAGUUAGACGGAGCUUGGAGGCGUACCUGCUCUGGCUUUUUGGCUGGGUGAUGUUCACAGCCACGGAAGGCCGCGCAGUGGACAAGGGUCUAAUCUACUACGCAAGAGCGAUCGCUGAUGCUGAGGAUGGUAGUGUCCCACAGUGGAGCUGGGGCUCAGCCGUGCUUGCGGCGACGUAUCGUGGUCUUUGUGAUGCAUGCACAAAGAACAACCCAACAAUGAUCAUCGCCGGAUGUCCUCUACUCCUACAGCUUUGGGUGGCCGAGCGGUUUUCGAUGGGUCGCCCUGUGAUGGACCAAUCUCCUUAUGAGGGCGGGUUUCGUGCUCUGCAUGGGCAUUCUGCCGAGGACCGUCCCACGAUGGGGACACUAUGGUGUCGACUUGAGCGCCGUUACGAGCAUGUGCAGGUUAGGAAGGGGUACAAGCACUUUGUGAUGGAGUUCGAUCGCCUGCAACCCGACGAUGUCGUCUGGGAGCCGUACAGUGCGCGGGCCAUUAUGGCACGUGCACCACUCGGCCUGUCAUUUUUGUGCACACGUGACAAGGUGUAUUGGAUGACAUUAGUGCCGAUGGUGUUCGACAUCGUCAUCGAGCCUCACUGCCCGCAACGUGUGAUGCGACAGUUUGGCCUACGUCAACACUUCCCUAUGGUCGUGGAGCGUACUGUGCCACCCGGCGUUCGCCUCUUUAAUCGCAGUGAACAGGCAGCCAACACGCAGUGGACACCCCGCGUGCAGAAGUACAUCGACAACUGGGUGUUAGCGACCGAGGAGGUCAUCGACGAGGUCCGUGCACACACGGAGGCCACCUACCUUAGAUACCUCAGGUGGUACCUACCUCGCACCCGCACGCGUGUGAUGUUUACUCCUGUUGACCAGCAGCCACACGUCGCCGCCGUGACGGAAGCGUACCCGAGACACCGUGACCAGGACUACUUUGUCAUGCUCGAAGCCGCGCGUCGUGUUAUUGUGGAUGCUGAAGCAUCCAUCAGACUCUUGGACGCUGGGAUAGUGGUGACAGGAGAGGAGCACAAGAUGGCUUUCAGUAGGAUCCGUAGCUCGACGAACACGAUCGUGCGUGUGCUUACUUAUCGUGCAAACGUGAACUCGGUGCCUCCGCUAGCGGUACCUCAGCACCGGCCACAGGCCCCUGUGCCCGGAGGUCAGACGUCUUCCUCGACAGGGCUAUCAGGUCUCUACCAGCAGGGUUCCACUCAAGCAGCCACAAGUCAACACAUAGCUCCCCUUCCCAAAGGUUUCGUUAGACCAUCAGAUGUCUUUGCGGGAGUUGGUCCGCCCAUGCAAGGAACCUGUGCCCCUCGUCCACACGUGCCGCUAGGAGUGAGCAUUGGCAAUGAGUUUAUUCCAGGAGGUUCCACAGGUGUUGGCUCAUCUGCGCAGGGGUCACAAACCACUCCGACCUCAGAUUGUCAUGGUAAGAGGAGGAAGCCUUGGAAGGAUAGAGGUUUCGGGCAAGGUCAGUAGUACAGGAGUGCGGUACUUCACUCGUUGUGUUACAGACCUAAUACUAUAGCUUUUGUAGUAGACACUGUAUUUCUCCUAUCUUAAGUUUGAAACAUGUUUUACUUC